UGGUGGCUCACUCUACUGUCGUCAUGGCCACCAUGAUGUCGCUGUUGUCAUGUUGAAAUCAUGGUUAGAGUGGGCACUCUAACCAUGGGCACGUUGUACUGGUGAUGACGAAAAAAAAUGUGAUGUACUUUUGGGACCCGGACGUAGGCAACUUCCACUACGGUCCGGGUCACCCGAUGAAGCCACAGCGAUUGUCGGUGACGCACAGUCUGGUGAUGCACUACAGCCUCUUCAAAAAGAUGCAGGUGUUCCGCCCGUACCGUGCCAGCUCACAUGACAUGUGCCGCUUCCACUCGGAAGAGUACAUUGACUUUCUUGAGCGAGUGACACCGCAGAACAUCCAGACCUUCACCAAAAGCCUGAGCCACUUCAAUGUUGGCGAUGACUGCCCUGUGUUUGAUGGCCUGUACGAUUUUUGCUCGAUGUACACGGGGGCCUCCCUGGAAGGAGCCGUCAAGCUGAACAAUGAGUGUUGCGACAUCGCAAUCAACUGGUCGGGUGGCCUGCACCAUGCCAAGAAGUUUGAGGCAUCGGGCUUCUGCUACGUCAACGACAUCGUCAUCGCUAUUCUCGAGUUGCUUAAGUACCACCCACGAGUGCUCUACAUUGACAUCGACAUUCACCACGGGGACGGUGUCCAGGAGGCUUUCUACCUGACAGAUCGGGUGAUGACGGUGUCGUUCCACAAAUACGGCAACUACUUCUUUCCCGGCACUGGCGACAUGUACGAGCUUGGCGCCGAGAGUGGCCGCUACUACUCUGUCAAUGUCCCCCUCAAGGAAGGCAUUGACGAUGCCAGCUACUUUCAGGUGUUCAAGCCCGUCAUUCAGGGAGUGAUGGAGUUCUUCCAGCCGAGCUGCAUCGUGCUGCAGUGUGGGGCCGACUCGCUGGCCGGUGACCGACUGGGCUGCUUCAACCUGAGCAUCCGUGGCCAUGGCGAGUGUGUGAAAUUCAUCCGCGAGCUGGGCCUGCCCCUGCUGGUGCUCGGGGGUGGCGGCUACACGGUGCGCAACGUCGCACGUGCCUGGACCUACGAGACAUCCCUGCUGCUGGACGAGCCGGUCAGCUCUGAAAUCCCCUACAAUGAAUACUUCGAGUACUUUGCCCCCGACUUCACCUUGCACCCUGAAGUGGUCACUCGGCAGCGCCGUCACGCAGGAGAACGCCAACAGCAAGCAGUACCUGGAGGCCAUUGUGCGCGCCGUGGCCGAGAACCUCAAGUGCCUGGUGCAUGCACCGAGUGUGCAGAUGCAUCACGUGCCGCCGGACAUGCUGCCCUGCUCACGCAAGCAGCCCGGCUCACCCGGCCCGGAGGAUGCCGCCAGCCCGAGCGGUGGCAGCUCCGGCAACACGACGCCACUGGCCGUUGAGGCCUGACUGCUGCUGGCUGGCAGGGCUUCCGCCACGUGACUUCGCAAUAAAUGUGUC